CGGCCAAGAGAUUCGAGAGGGCUCUCCCUUCCCCCAAAUUUUCAAAUUCCUAACGGCCGGGGGUGCAGGGCGAUCGUCGGCGCGAUGGAAGCUGCCCCCUCCGGAGGAGGAGGUCGAGGCGGAGGCGGAGGCGACGAGCAGCGGGGGUUAGGGUUGUUGGAGGUGCAAGCGGCGGCGGCAGCGCUGCGGCGUUCGGAGGUGUUCCACGUCGUGAAGGAGCUCCUCGGCUUCGUCCUCUACAUGCACCACCAGAUCCCCUCGGUGUUGCAGAAUCUGGAAAAUGAAUUUGCAAGUUUAAAGGAGGAAAUGACAGAAAUGACGUUACCACCAGCUGAACUCAAACCGUCUGAUCAGAGAAAGUACAACACACGAAAAAGGGUGGUUAGAUGUAGAAUAAAGAAGCAGGAGAAGUUGAUGAAUGGCAUAUCUACCUUACUUUCUGCUCUUCAGCAAGCACUUGAUGAAGUUCCUAGCAUUGAAGGAGUUGUCCUGAUCCUUGGAGGGAGCCUUGUGCGACCCCUAUUUGUGUACGACAUUACAAUUUCUCAUGGGAGGUUUGAUUCAGGAAGUGCCAAAGAGCAUGCUCUUACCAAGUUAGCUCAGUCUGUUUCUCGGAAGGCAAUCCGUGCUCUUGUGUCAAGAGGCGCAGGGAGUUUGUCUUACACAGGCCCUAGCAAGUUGUUUCUGCUAGUAAGAUGUCCCAGUACAUUGAACAUGCCACUGGAUUUCCUGCCAAAGCGUGAUUUUCGUUAUAGCAAGAAGGUUGUACCUCUUCAAAUGCAUAUAAAGUGCAAUGCAGCAGACUGUCAAGUGAAUAACCAGCAACGUCUGUCAAUAGUUGAUGCCCCACGUUGCACUUCAGAAUCUUAUCUUUCAGAUGUUAUCUGGUUCCAGUGUAAGCAUACGAUUAGAGGUUUACCAGGCAAGGCGUCAUUCGAAGGAUGAUCUGGCUUGAAGAAGUCGAAGUUUGGCUUGAAGAAGUCGAAGUUGACCAAACUCUUAUCUUUGUUGUAUUGAGUGAUAUCAUGUACAUGGGUAGAGUAGAGAAUGCUGUAGUGGCGCAAUGAAUGGCUUAUCACUUGAGGAAGCAUGCAAUGAUAGAUUACUUGUGUAAGACAACUUUUGCAUGUUUUCAAACAAAAUACUUGAAUGUUCAGUUGGAGCACAUCCAAAGACAAUACGUUAGGACAUUCUUUUACCGAUCAGCUAAUGUAUAUUGUCGGAUCUGCAUUCUUUGAUAUUUUUACUUAACAGAAAGUUAGGAAUGAAGCUGAAAUUACCGGACCUUCAACUCCAGAUUUGUAGGUCAGUGCUGUUGGGCUGUGUG